AUGUCAGACUCUUUGUUUGUCUUGCAUCUUUGGUCUUUGAUUAACUUGAUGAUAGAGGUAUUCCGCGUUCAAAAUUCAAAAGGUGGCUGUUCCAAAGUUUUGAACUCUGCCUCGGUAAGUGCCAGAAUGAGCUUGGGUCAAAUAGACUAUCAUUCCUUCAGACGACAAAGUUCCGGAUAAAACGUGUACGCAAAGUAGAAAAAGAAUGCCUACCUUUUCAACCUUCUCCUAGCAAGGAGUUAAAGAGUCGUUCAGCCCGCAACUCAAAUAGUAGGCAAAGUACUUGUCUAAACAGAGUAAUAUAGCUAAUUUUGAGUGCUCCAUAAACAUCAGACGAUGAUCUACGAUAAUACAAAAUCCUAGUAUAACGUGUAUACUUGGUACUCGCUUAUUCUACCUACUAUUCUUACUACUAUACUACUUUAUAUAUAUAAGUAACGUGGUUUAUCAGCGAGUCGAUCAUAUCAGCGAGUCGAUCACUUUUUCUUGGCACAGAACUUUACACCUAAAUAAAUCAACCACAAUAUAUUAAAUUAAUUAUCGCUCUCUAUAUCUGACGAACUAGAUAUAUCUAUAACUUCUUGACAAGUUCGCGCGUUAUGACCAGCUUUUCCACAAGUUCUACAGCGCCGCCUAGAAGGUUGCCCCUCCUUAUAACCAACCCCCGCCUCACGCAUGUCGCGUCGUACUUGCUCAUCUACAUCCUCCUGAGCUAACAUAUCCUGUACAUCCUCUACUAUAAGUGCCCCUCCUUGGCGGACACGAGUCUUUUUAGCCCUACGGCGUUUACUUAGGGCUUCAUUUGCAGCGCGAAGGGUACGGACCUCAGCAGACAAAAGGGUCAUCUCAUGUGCCAUUCGCUCUGUACCCUUUGCUAACGCAGCAACUGUUUGAAAAAGUGGAGUUGGCGAGCUUCCUUGAUGACAGGCUAUACGAUUUCGUACAAGAGUUGAUUGUGAAAGGGCUUCAGUUGGGUUGGAAGGGGUCUGGGACACCCAGGGGAGGGAGUUGGCACUACACGUCCGAGGGGGAGUUGGAGUCCGUAACCUUACGUCAAGCUUUGAAAGCACUGCUUGCGGGUUAAAUGGUACUAGGCCAGCUCCGCGGAAUCCAGACUGACAGUUUAGGACUGUCAUUGUUUCCUUGUAUGCUGCUGUAAAGGCUAGAAAGAACUCAACCUUUGUAAUAUGGUUGAUAUGGGCCUUGAUAAACGUCUCAAUCUGCCGACCAUACGCUCGUUUUAACACACUAUAGCACCCAACAUCAAGUGGCUGGGUUAGAUGGGAUGAAUGAGGAGGUAGUCCAAGAGUAAUAAUGUUGUGUUUCGUACAGUAGUCUUGGAACUCAGCCGAUUCAUGACUCUCGUGCCCAUCCAAAACUAGUAUUCGAUACAGACCCUUUGCACGAGCUGUAGUGUGUUUAUCAAAGUGCUUUAACCAUUCCAGGCCUGUUUCAUUAUUUGUCCAACCAUUGCUUGUCGGUUUCAUAACCCAGUUAGGUGGGAGGCCGCCGUCGGUAUACCAGUUGGAGAGAUGGUUCUUGCCCUGAACUACCAAGAAUGGAGGAAUACUCCAGCCCUCCCCAUUAAUACAGGCAAUUGCUGUAGCCCAUUCCCGAUUGCCUGGCUGAACUGCCUUGCCUCUACCACGUCGGUCUGCACGAGUAACAACCAUUCUAGGACAAAUAACACCCAUCAUAAAGCCUGUCUCGUCGAAGUUGUAGAAGUCGGAGUCUGUAACCCCAUAUUUCGCCCUCAUAUUCUCUACUAGCCGGAACCAUGCGCCUAGCACGUCAGGAUCUUCGCAUAAGGCCCUCUGGAAGUCGUAAACGCGAUUAAAACGCGUCUUAAGGUCUGGUUGUCGUUGUACGAAUCGAUGGGCCCAGAGCUUGCCGACGCGUCUUCCCCCCCGCGAUUCAAGGAUAAAAUUAGCCAUAUCUUCUACACCAGCGAGCCGGGGCGCAAAUCCUCUGGAAUCCAUAUCCAGUAUAUACCGAAUAAUCACUUCCUCUUCUAACUCAGUCAACUUAUGACAAUUGGCUUGAGAAUCUGGGCGGUAGGUUCGGCCAGCCAUUCUGUCGGAAAGAGUCGUAUAUGGUACAUUGUAGAUCUUUGCCGCAGAGCGUUUGCUUAGUUUUUUGGACGACCGAAUAGCCUCGAUAGCUAGAGUAAUUCGCGCUUCUUGAGUUUGAAUUUCCAUGGUAAAUAGUUGAAGAAAACGUGUGUUGAAGUUUGAGGAGGUAGUGCCAAGGAAAAGUGAUCGACUCGGUGAUAUGAUCGACUCGCUGAUAAACCACGUUAUAUAUAUAUAUUAUCUAAUCCCCCUUUAGAUAUGUUUUUUAUAUAAUAGAAAAGUAAAAGAUAAUAUUUCCUUUAAUAAAAGGGAUUUUCUUUUAUCUUUUUCUUAGAUUUUUGUACUUUUAUACUUAUGUUUCUUUUCUUAUAAAUAGUUAGUUAUUUUAUUACCUUAUACUUCCCUUAUUCUUUUUCUUUGUUUAUAUUUUACAAAUAAAUAUAUAAAUCUAAUAAUAAAUAGUAGUAAUAAUAAAAAUAAUAUUAAAAUCUACCAAUUAAAUAAUACUAAUAAUAAUUAUUAAAUAUUUUAAAGAAAUAAAUUCUGAGAAACUAAAAUAAAGAAAAUAUAAUAAAUUAUAAGUUAUUGUGACGACACGUACGCAAGGCCCACGGUGUAGGUUGUGGAAUCGUAGAACUGUCAAUUAAACAAAGAUUCUAAGCUGAGGAGAAGAGGAGAGCUCGAGAGAGCUUCGAUCUAAAUACUUGGUGUGGGUCGCUAAGCGAGACCACGUGAUCCGAAUGGUGGUGACGGUUAGAACCGUCACAGUUAUGAAAUAAUAUAUAUACUUCUAAUAAAAUUCACUAAACUAACCUAGUAAUAAAAAAUAAACUACUCUAGUCCGGACUAUAUUUUUAGAAAAUUUAUUUACAAAAAUCUUUUAAAAGAUUUAAAGUUUAUUAAUAUCUUUAUAUUAAUCUAAUCUCUUUAAAAAAUAAAAUAAACCUAUAGACUUAAAAGUCCCUACUAUACCCUACUAAUUCUAAGUAUCGCGAAAAGAUCCUAUUAUCUGAGAGAAAUAGAGAAAAAUAGAAAAGAAAACAAAUAAGCGAGGCCCCCUCGCUUAUUCCUACCCGACACCCUGGAUACCUGAAAGUCCAGGCAAGAAGUCAACAAUAACCGAGAUUACGAUAUUCACUAGAACAAAAUCGCACAUUCACAUUUGCAAGCAAAAGCACGAAGUUAUGUCAGAGAAAUCAUUAAUCCUUCAUUCUCACCAAUGAACUUAUAAUGAAACCCCCCUCUCAACUAAUGAUCACCCAAGUAAACGCCCCAUGCAUCCAUCAAAGAAGGGGUAUCAUCCAUCGCACCACAAAAGACCACCAGAAAACUCCCCAAACCCUGUGAAGAACACCCAAUCCAGAUAUCAACGUCCCCAAACGCAAUUCACACACUUCUCCGUCCCGAGUGCUCGUGCUCGUCAUCUCCCAGUUGAAGGUCCUCCAAAAGCCCAGUAGUAACAGCCGACCAAUCCAUCGAAGCAGCGCGAACAUUCAAUGGUUGGUUCUCAGUCUCAUUUUCGAUGACAGGUCUGGUGUUUUGUUCCGUAGCAAGGACGGUCGUCUCGUCAUCCUCGCUCUCAGAGUCCGAGUCGUCGUCCGCGUCCCAGAUGAGUCCUGCGUAUGGUGCGAAGAGGGCCUCGUCGUUUCUGAGCUCCGCGAGAGGCACCUUGGCGGUUCCCCAUGCGCGCGCGACGAUUUGGCAGUUGGCGGCGAGUUCGGCGAUGAGGGUGGAUGCUUUGCCUUCGAACUGGGAGGUUGUUAG